AACGAAACUUGACUGCCUCUGAGUUUCGUUUUCCCCGGCUCAAGCACUCUUCCUGGUCCGCUGCUAAAACUCGGAAAAAAACUGCCGGGCUGCCACAGGGAGUCCCUUAUUGCUAACGAAGGCUCCAUCGCAUCAACGCGCAAUACGAGAAAUCAUGGCUGAGACCAGUCUGGGAAUGCGAGAAGCUGCAGAAGCUAAACUAAGUAGCACCUUAAACCAGCACUAUGAAGAGAAGGUGCGUCCCUGCAUUGACCUGAUCGAUUCCCUGCGCUCCCUGGGGGUGGAGAAAGACCUGGCUCUGCCCGCCAUCGCUGUGAUCGGAGACCAGAGCUCUGGAAAGAGCUCCGUACUGGAGGCCCUGUCUGGGGUGGCCCUGCCCAGAGGGAGUGGGAUUGUGACAAGAUGCCCUCUGGAGUUGAAGAUGAAGAGGUUGAAAGAGGAUGAUGCAUGGCAUGGAAAAAUAAGCUACAGUGACAGAGAGGUGGAGAUCUACGAUCCUGAUGAUGUAGAGAGGCUCAUCAGAGAAGCUCAGGACGAGAUGGCGGGAGUCGGGGUGGGGAUCAGUGAUGACCUCAUCAGCCUGGAGAUCUCUUCCCCUGGUGUCCCUGACCUCACACUCAUCGACCUGCCAGGCAUCGCCAGGGUCGCCGUCAAGGGCCAGCCUGAGAACAUUGGGGACCAGAUCAAGAGGCUGAUCACGAAGUUCGUCAGAAAGCAGGAGACCAUCAACCUUGUGGUGGUGCCCUGCAACGUUGACAUAGCAACUACUGAGGCCUUGAAGAUGGCACAGGAAGAGGACCCUGAAGGAGAGAGGACUCUAGGAAUCCUAACCAAGCCAGACCUGGUUGACAAGGGCACAGAAGAAACAGUGGUGGACAUCGUCCACAACGAGGUCAUCCAUUUGACCAAAGGCUACAUGAUCGUCAGGUGCCGAGGUCAGAAGGAAAUCAAGGACAAGGUGUCCUUGAGUGAGGCGGCCUACAAUGAGAAGGUCUUCUUUGAAGACCACGCCCAUUUCAGUACCCUCUUGGAUGAAGGCUUUGCCACCAUUCCCAAAUUAGCAGAGAAACUGACUUUGGAGCUGGUACACCACAUUGAGAAAUCUCUGCCUCGGCUAGAGCAGCAGAUUGAGACUAAACUGGAGGACACUCGUGCAGAGUUGGACAGGUAUGGGAAGGGACCCCCUGAGGAUCCUGCUGAGAGAAUGUACUUCCUAAUAGACAAAGUGACCGCCUUCACCCAGGACAUCACCAACCUGACCAUUGGAGAGGAACUGAGGAAUGGGUACAAGAUGAACCUCUUCUCUCAACUGAGAAGCGAGUUUGGAAAGUGGAAGGCUUGUCUUGAUCGCUCUGGAGACAAAUUCAACCAGAGGAUUGAGGAUGAGGUGCAGGAAUAUGAGGUUAAGUACCGUGGAAGGGAACUUCCUGGCUUCAUCAACUACAAGACCUUUGAGGUUCUGGUGAAAGACCAGCUCAAAAUGCUGGAGGAGCCCGCUGUGAAGAAGCUGAAGGCGGUCACAGACAUUGUGAGGAAGGCGUUCUUGCAGCUGGCUCAUAACAACUUGAUGGGAUACCCAAACCUCCUCAAAAGUGCCAAGACCAAGAUAGAAGACAUCAAGAAGGAAAAAGAGUCCAGUGCAGAGUCCAUGCUGAGGACCCAGUUCAGGAUGGAGCUGAUCGUCUAUACCCAGGACAGCACCUACAGCCACAACCUGGAUGAGAUAAGGAGGGAGGAUAUGGAGGAUGAGGAGGAUGAGGGGCAUAAAUUCAAGAGGAGCAUUGUUUUCAGCCCAGACAGCCAUGCCACUCUUCAGGAAAUGAUGGUCCACCUUAAGUCAUACUAUCGAAUUGCCAGCCAGCGCCUGGCCGACCAAAUCCCGCUGGUCAUCCGCUACCUGAUGCUACAAGAGUCAGCUGCGCAGCUACAGAGGGAGAUGCUGCAGAUGCUGCAGGACAAGGAGAAUGUGGGGCUGCUGCUGAAGGAGGACUACGACAUCGGGAGCAAGAGAGCCGCUUUGCAGAGUCGCCUGAAGCGCCUGACUCAGGCACAGAACUACCUGAUGAAGUUCUAACCCCCUACCCCUUAUUCACAUUCUGCCAAAGGAAUUGUGAAAAUUCCUAUGUCUGGUUCUUACCUUAUUCACACCAUAGAUUCUAGAUCACAGGUGUCAGAAUCCUGUCUUGGAGGGCCAAAGUGCCUGAUGGUUUUCCAUGUGGGUCGGCACUAAUGACUUAUUUAAAUUCUUUAUUUGCUACAGAAUCCAAACUCCUUAUUCUCAAGACCUUAGUUGGCUGCUGAUGGAAAGGAACCACAAAUACCUGCAGACACUGUGGCUCUCUCUAGGGCUGGAGAUUGAGAUUGUUGUGGAACAAUAUCUUGUUUGUUCACUCCUGUUUGUUCAUUGUGUUUUACAACCAUGAUUAUGAAUAGAAUAGAAUAGAAUAGAAUAGAAUAGAAUAGAAUAGAAUAGAAUAGAUUCCUUUAUUGUCAUUGCACAGUGUACAACAAAAUUAAGUAGCAAUCCUGACGGUGCAUUCACACAUAACAAACAGCAAUUUAAAAAAAGAACAGAGUUCAAGAUGAACUAAUUUAGAGUGCUAAAUAUAUAAAUAAAAUAUAAAAUGUAUAACAUGUAUGAAAUGUAUAUAUUUGCAGUAACCUAUAAAACAAUAAGAUAUAAAAUAAUACAAUAUGGUAAGAUUAGCAGCUGAGAUAUUGCACUUCAGA